ACAGAAAAAGAUAUUGCAAUGAAAAGGGUCCCUUUACCUGGCGACCAUGUACCUGUACAGAUUGUUCUGGGAGGAGAGCCGGACACUGUCACAGCUGCUGGACCAAAAAACCUGAUUUCAUUCAACUUUCAAAAUCCUCAGGAGACUCCAGUGGAAAGAACGGUGUUGUGGGAAGAAUGCAGCGACAGUCAACUUCCACAAAGAGACUGCAAAUAUAACAUCACUGUGGUCCACAAGAGAGAAGAGGCCAACCAGGUGUUUGUGUGUGGAACCGAUGGCCAGGAAACUGUGUGCUGUAACACGAACUUAUCAGAGCAGUCACCCCAGUGCAUUCCCUCUGAAAAAAUAAGAAACAUAAAAGGAAGCAUAAGGGCAUUUGUCAUAAAGGAAGGUGAACCAUCAACCCUUGUGGAAUCAAAAGGAGGUGAAGACCUUUACAUUACAAACUCUGGAUCUCCAGGGUUUGUUGGCAUCCACAAGUUUGGGAAACACCGAGUUGGACCAGCUAACCAAGAUAAAGAGCAGCACUAUGUGGGUUUGGUGCUCAGCAGACGGAAAGACGAUCCCCUGCAAGACAGAGUUUAUGCCUUCUAUAAGGAGAAAAACAGAGACACAGGCUUGUACAGUGAAAUGUGGUUCCCUUUUGUGACCCAGGUUUGCACGGCAGAUAUUGGUGGGCCCAGGAACACCCUACAGUUUACCUGGACAUCCCAGAUGAAUGCCAGGCUCUUCUGUGGAGACUCUGACAGCAGGCAGCACUUCUCUGAGCUGGUAGAUGUGGCUACUGUGGAUGCAGACCGCUGGCAGGACACCAGGGUUUAUGCACUCUUCAGAAAUGAAUGGGGUAUGAGUGCUGUGUGUGUCUACACCAUACAAGGUAUUGACAGCAUCUUCACAACUUCCCCAUUUAAAGACGAGAAAAGUAACAGAGCGAGAAUGUGUGUUCCAGACAGCAGAAAGAUUCCUUUAGAUACCCUGAGGAAGAUCGAGCAGACUUCAGAGAUGAAGAACUGGGUCCACCCUGUUGACAAUCCUGGUCCACUUUUCUUUAGUCACCACAGCUACACUCACAUCUACGUUGACAGUUCCCGGUACAGGGGGAACGAUCACCACCCGGUCCUGUUUCUGUCUCAAAAAAAUGGGGGCGUUCAUAAGAUGAUAAUGAAUGAAAGUCAGGCCUUUGUCAUCGCUGAGUAUCGACCUUUCAACCACAGAACCCCUAUCCUCAACAUCAUUCUUCACCCUUCCUCUAGGAAGCUGUAUGUGAACUCCAGAAGUGAACUGGUCCAGUUGGAUGUGGCGAACUGUGCUCACUAUGGAGAUAGCUGUGAGGAUUGUGUCAUAGCCAGAGAUCCCUACUGUGGCUGGAACGGCAUCCACUGCACCCAUGAGACAAAUGGCACAGUGCAAGAUGUGGCCCAAGGGAACCAUAACAUUUGCAAAUCUUUGACCGCUCAUCAGCUCCCUGUGAAAGUCACUGACAAGAUGGUGUCUGAUCUGAGCAGAACACUGGCUGAAACACUGCCAGCGUAUAGAUAUUCCGGUGCUAGACAAGCAGGCGAGGACAUGGACACCAUCAGAGUUCCCUCUCACUCAAGGUAUUUCCUCCAGUGCCCGGUGUCGUCCCAUCAUGCCCAGUAUACCUGGCAACACCCAGGAAGCUCCACAUCCUGCAGCUCGAGGGAGCAGCAGUGCCUUCUUCUGAUCGACAGCAUGGGUCCCGAGCAGGUGGGAACUUACAGAUGUGUGUCGGAAGAGAUGGGCUACAGUAAAGUCCUGGCACAGUACCAGCUACAGCUGGGGAACAGAGCAACGGGCCAUUCAGCAGGCCCACUGCUCUGGGUUUGUCUCCUGGCUGUUCUGAUCCUGAGUUUGUCCUGUUAGUCCAGAGAAACAACAUGCUACUAAUGCAGUGGUGAUAAAUGAUAAUAUUGAAUUCAAUUGCCCUAGUUGGAGCCUUAGCUACUCUCUUUAGUCAUACAGUAGCUGAGGGUCCAAAUCAUGUUUGUUUACUCUCAUUUUAAUAACAAAAUAAUUUUACUGCCCUUUUGGCAUUUAUGUAAACAUCAGGACAUAACAGUGUCAUUACCAAAUGCAGUGGGGAUUGUUAUUGAAAACAAUCUUACUAACAAUUUGCUUUAUUGAUCAGGGAAAGUAAAAUAUCUGUAACACUUUAUACUUAUGGUACACAUAUUAACCAUUACUAGUUAAUAAAGAGUCAAUAAUGCAUAUUGACUCUUUAUUAGUCAAUAUAAUCAACAUAUUAAUGCUUUAUUCUGUAUGACUAUAUUCUACAACUACAAGUUUUUAUCAAUAACUUCCUAAUUACUGCUUAUUGAUAAUAAGUAAGGAAGUUGUCAUGAAUUAUAAUCUUAAUACACUUUGCUCAGUUUGGGCCUUAUAAGGCACACUACCACUCUCUUAAUUACACUUAAUAAAUAUAGUCUAUUCUUAUGUAAGAAAACACAAGACAUAUUGUUAAUAGUGUCCAAAUAACUCUAAAUUAAGUCUUUCUAACUGUUUCCUCUUCUAAAGUGAGCUCUCAUAACUAUUUCACUUGAAGUUUGACACUGCCUCCUGUUCACACUUAGUAAAUCCAUUACAGCACACAACUACUGCUAUUAACAUACUCUAUUCUUAAGUGAUGCCUUAAAAUUUGAAAAAUGGAGGUCAAUUCAAUUUUAUUUGUAAAGUGCCAAUUCGUAACAGAAGUUAUCUCGACACUUUUCAAAAUAGAACAGGUCUAGACCUUAUAAAAUUAUUUACAGAGACCAAACAGUUCCCACCAUGAGCAAGCGCUUGGCCAAUAAACAUAUCUAUUAAAAUAUAUUUUUUUAGUUUCUUCAAGGCUAAGAACAAAUGUGCUGCCUAAACCAGCUGUAUACGUUUCAGCUGACAGAUCUGUUUAGUGUGUAAACUGUCACACAGAUUUUCAACCGUAUGUCUAUGUAUAUAAAUACUGACACUUGUAAAUAUUCUGUUUAUCAGAGACAGGCUCAUUCAGCACUCUAAAUCCCACAUGUGAACUUUUGUACAAGUUUUUAUUUUUGUUCAAUUUAUGAAAUAAAACAAUGAUUUAA